CCCACGAGCUAUGGUCAUGGUGACCGUCGCAAGAAGCCCGUUGUCACCUACGGAAGGCCUGCGCGCAACCCGACCUUCUCAACCACUAGUGUCAAGUCUUUCUACGACGAGUCCAGGAAUGCUGCUUCAACCUCCAAGCUAAAGCGCCCGACUGCUGUUACCAUCAGAAAGUCUAAGGAUGCGGAUGACGAGUUCGAUGUGCCUAUGUCCGACGACGAGCCUACCGCUGUACCGAUCAAGUCGAAGAAAAACCAUAAGCUUCCGACCAAGACCAGUCCGCUCUCUGCUAGAGGCAAUGACAAUGGCAACAACAAUGGCGACGUAGAUUCGGCCUCACCACGCAAGCGCAAAAGAACCGUUUCCCAAACUGCCCGGUCUUCAGUCAUACGGCCCCUCGCAAAGGUCAAUAAGUCACAGGAGGUGAAAACAGAGACCGAGAAAGUCGAUGUUGAAUCCGCCCAAUUACGUCGCUCGGAAAGGCAAGUUGCUACUGGAACCCCUACUGCCUCGGCCCCGUCGCAAAACACCAACCGUCAUGUGGCACACGCAAAGCGAUCCGUGGGCUCAUCUACUAAGUCUGCUUGUCCAUUGUCGCCUGCUGUCGCAUCUCCGACAAGUCCGGCAGAUUCGGUAUCAAGCAUUGCUACGACACCAAAGCAAAAGAAAUUAUGGCACGAGCUGCUUCUCUCCGACCCCCCAGAUGAGGUCGUGCAGAGUUCGACUCCCAACCCAAUGCAUCUUUCGCCACAUCGUACUCCCAAUCAGCCAAAUCCGACAAUGUCACAGCCUUUUGUCACUAACGUUCCGGUUACAGCCAAGGCUCGCAUUGUCGAUCGUCUAAAGGGAAAGACUGUUCCUGCUCAAAGUAGUGACGAGAGUUCUGAGGAUGAAGCGAACGAGCCAUGCGAAGGAAUGCUCUCUCAGAACCUGGAACUACCAAGAAUAUCCGUACACUCUGAGCCUCAGGAGUCUACCCAGCACUCUCAAUCACAGAGCCGAGUACAAAGACAGCUGUCUUCGACCAGUCAAGGAGCUCAGAGAGUGACCUACGCUCGGUCACGCACAUAUUUGCAGGACAGUCUUGAAGACAUGAUCUUUGGCGAUCUACCUAUUGAUGCAACUGAACGGCCCAUUGCAAGCGCUCGGCGGACCAAGACUUCUCCGAGAAAGACCUCAAAGUCGAAGGUCAGUGUCAACCACGAUUCGGACGAAGAGUCUGUACAAGGCAUUCGAAGUAUACACGACCUUAGGGCAGCCGGACACAAUAGCAGAUUUAUGGAUGAUGUUACACGUCUUCUGGACGAUAUCAAGAACCCAAAACCAUCAACUCGAUCGCAGAGGCGGAUGGCACUCAUGGAGCUCUUCGGUACACUUGCCGAUGAUGAUUUCGCUUCUCGAUUCGUCGAGAAUGGAUUUAAUGCGAGCAUAAUUGCCCAGUUCAAACAUGCUGGCAUGGAUGUUCUAGCUGAUAUGUUGCUGUGUGUUGUUCUUACACGAAUAGCACAAGCUUCCGCUUCGCUUCUUCAGGGCGGUGUUCUCGAUUUCCUCGCCUCAUAUCUAGAUGAAACCAAGGAUAUCAAUCAGAUUGCACGAGAAAGGAAGAGCAACAUGUCCAAGGUUGCUCAAUCUGACUACGUGGAGUUCAUGGAAAAGUUCAGGUCUUCUGACAUUUGGGAAGACUGCUCACCGGAGUAUUUAUCUCCUAGUUCAGUCGCUCUCGUGAGCAUCAACUGUAUAGUUGUUGCUCACAGGCGCAACAAGAACAGUGGCACUAUUCUCUCUCCUCACACCGCAUCGAAGCUCGUCAGUCUGGCUACCAAUCAUACAUCAGGGCCUGAGCAUACCUCACAAGCUGUCAUCAACCGGGCGCUAUCAACUCUUGAGGCUGCUACCACUCUCGAUGUGGACAGCACGUCAUCAGAUGUCUGGUCAGGCGAAAUACUUGCGCAACUUGCUGCUGCCCUGCCUCGGUUCCUUAGUAUGUCAAGGCCUUCACAGGAACUUGCUCUUCGGUUCUGCUGCUCUGUAACCAACGACAACAAAGCCAACAGCAGUGUGUUCUGUGAAUCUCACACCAUUCAAUUGAUUGUGUCGUUGAUCAUAAACGGUUUCAACUCGCGCAGCUCAUCAGUCGAAGUGGAGCUAGACUCUGACCACGAUCUUUUGGUUCUCGCCCUUGGAUUGAUGAUCAACCUGACCGGGGUGAGCGACGCUGCACGCGAACAUGUUGCUCGUGUAAAAGAUCAGGGACUUGUCACACUAGUAGACAUCUUCGUCAAAGGUCAGAAGAAAGCAGCUGAGAGUCAGUCGGAGGAGGAGAUGCAAGCUCACAUUCCGUAUGCUUGGCUGUCAGUUCUCCUCGGAUACAUUUGCUUGAACAAGGGCAUCAGAGCACAAAUAAGUGACCGGCUGCCUGGCGAGAAUGGAACCGUGCUCGUGGACGCUGUCGAGGGAAUAGCUCAGAUGAGCCAGCAAGUGGAUAGUCAAGUCGCAGAGGAGGAAAGGGAAAUAUCUUCAGGAUUCACGCAGAAACUCCGGGCGCUCGUCGCUGAUUUACGCGAUGGC